CCCAAAUUUCUAGAGCUUUGUCUGGAGACGCUAUGUUGGUGCCCCUCAGGGGGAGGUAAAAUAAUGACAGGGUGACAGCGUCAUAUGAGAACCUAUAAUUCAAAUUUCGAGAGGAAGUGAGACGUAAGUGUCUUGUUACUACUUAACCAGACUUCUGCUUUGAUCAAUUUAUCAAGACAUUCCCUGCAAUUGCUGCGCGUAAAACGACAGUGAUUGAGCUAAAAGAAUGGCUGUCGACGAACGCUUCAGUGUUGUCGACUAUGUGGUAUUCUCCGUCAUGUUACUGCUCUCGGCGCUGAUCGGAAUAUGGUACGGCUGCGGACCUGGAGGAAAACAAAACACCACUGCUGAAUAUCUUCUGGGAGACCGCCAAAUGAAAAGCUGGCCAAUUGCUAUAUCUAUCCUGGUGUCUUUUCUCUCAGCAAUAUCCCUACUGGGCUUGCCAGGAGAGAUCUACACUUAUGGAACCCAGUUUUACGUUGUUGUCUUGAGCUACGUUUUGAUUUGUGCGGCAACAAGCACCGUGUACAUUCCAAUGUUUAGACGGAUCAAGAUCACUUCUGUUAACGAGUACCUUGAAAGACGCUUUUCUUUCGGCGUUAGGAUACUGGGCAGCGGUUUCUUCAUUCUUUCCGUGACUCUGUACCUGUUCGUGGCACUGUUUGCUCCAUCGCUGGCAUUGGAAGCUGUUGCAGGCAUCCCUCUGACAGUUUCUAUUCUGGCCACUGGCGCUGUUUGCACUUUUUACACAUCUCUGGGUGGUUUAAAGGCCGUGGUCUGGACAGACGUGUUUCAGUCGGUGAUUAUGCUGGCGGGUCUUGUCAUUGUUGCCGUUACGGGAAGCAUAGAAGUAGGAGGUCUCCAAAAAGUCUGGGAAAUCAAUCGAGAACAUGGACGAAUCAACUUUUUUGACUUCAACCCAGACCCCAGGAUUCGAAACACGUUCUGGACUCUCACCAUGGGAGGGACUAUCGCUCUGUUGCCGGUUUGGGCCACGACUCAGUAUUUUGUUCAGCGAUAUCUUGCGGUGAAGACGCUCAGAGAAGCUAAAAGAGCGCUGUGGUUGAAUGUUCCGGGCCUGAUUCUCGUGGUAACUAUCUGCACACUGGACGGAAUGGUCAUAUUUGCCACUUACGCCGAUUGUGAUCUGAAAGAACAAGGAAAGAUCACGAGGGGAGACCAGGUUCUGCCAUAUUUCGUCAUCAACAAACUCGGACACCUAAAAGGCCUGCCGGGAAUGUUUACCGCCUGUCUUUACGGCGCUGCCCUCAGCACAAUAUCAUCUGCACUGAAUGCGAUGUCUUUAGUGAUUCUAGAAGACCUCAUUAAGAAGAAGGUAACUUUGACUGACAGAGAAGCCACUAAAAUCGGCAAAGUCGUGGCGGUUAUAUUUGGUGGAAUAGUCAUGGCUGGAGCAUUUGCUGUGAAAUACACUGGUACAAUGGUGCUACAGCUUGCCUACAGUAUUACUGGGAUCUGUGGUGGAGCCUUGCUUGCAGCGAUUACACUUGGAAUGUUUGUGCCAAGGGUUAACUCAAAGGGCGUGUACCUGGGAGUGUUUGCUGGAUUUUCGCUAUCCGCCUGGGUGUUCAUUGGUUCCGUUUUCUAUCCGCCUGAUACAGACCCAGCAGUUCGCUCGGUUAGAGGAUGCCCGUUCUAUCUGGAUGCGCAAGCCUGCGCAGCAAAUAUCACUUUGCCAUGCCAUAACAGUUCGACGGAGAUUCUGAAUAAGUAUUGUGACGGAUUGAUUAGAAACCCUUACAAACCACACACAAGUACGCCAAUAGCUGACCUCUACAGUUUGUCAUAUCUGUGGAUUUCUGGCUUGUCGUUUGGUGCGGCAAUCCUUGUUGGAGUGAUCGCAAGUUUCGCUCUUGAAACUAAACAAGACCGAUUCAAGAAAGUGGAUCCCAUGUUAAUAUUCCCGCUGAAGGCUUGGUUACGUGGAUUUUUGCCUGGUUCUAAAUUCACUUGGGAAUUCACGGAUGAAAUUGAUGUCGAGAAAGAGGACCCAGACAAAGUACCAGAUGAAGAAAAGGAAAACAUCCAGUCAAACCAGGAGACAAUAUUGUGAUCCAGCGUGUAACCAUGAAUGCACGCCGCAGAUAUUGACCACAUUUCAUGAAACGCAAGAGAGGAUCACUCGCUGUUGAGAAACACCAAUCUGUGAUACUCGAAAAAGCUUAGUGUGAUCUUGACGCAGAUGUACUAUCGAAACAUAACAACUAAACUCAUGUCUUUCGUUAAAAAAUAAUAUAAUCAGUCAUGAUCCAUAUUACUCUGAAUUUCAGCCGUCUCUUCAAUUCCCUUUAUCCGCAAGGGGGGAGCGGGAGAGAGACACGUCGCUCUCUCGCGCGAUCCCCUCGUGGAUAAAUGGGAGAGACGGCUGAAAUUCAGACUAGAUUCGUUUUCGUACUGUAUAAAACGUAGUGAUUUCUAAUGGUAGAAAUCUAAGCUAGUAGUCAUUUAUCGUUACAGUAGAGUUCAUAGCAAGUUACUACUUGACUGUAAGUAGAUGAAUUUUAAAUAAAUAAUUAUAUGUGGGUUAUUGACCACGCGUGAGGUCAAAAUGACUGGAUAUUGGCCAAGUUCUUUUCUGUUUGUUUGCCACCUUUACAUGCCAGCUAAAUCUCGUCUGACUGAAUUAGUUUCUCCCUCGCAGAACAUAGAUAUACUGACCUUGGCGUAGCGCAGGUGUCCACGACAUUUUCACAAUCCGAGCUGGCCAGCGGUAAGACACUCGCAAGGACGCUUUAAUGAGUCUAACACUAAGAACUAUGAGGCUUGUAACAGAGGGUGAAUAAGUUAAGUUGAGCGACUCUUAGUUAGUAAUAUGUGGGCACUUACUGACCUCCAGAAUUUGAAUUUGAUCACCAGGGUCGUCCACCACUCCGCUGGCCAAUAACUGAAUCACAAGCUGAUGUUUUUUUCCCCAAGAAAAUAAGAAAAUGACCUUAGAUUAAAUCUCACACUUUUUUUGUUUGAACAUAAUUAAUCUAGGCGAUAGAGGACGUCGAUAACUAUUGUCAGAGUGAUGUUAAAGGCCGUUUGCAUUGAAUUUCUCUGGCACAUAUCUCAAAAGGGGCCAAAAAAUUGCCGGAAGUGAGACAAUGGUCACGUCUGCCAAGGGUCUUCUAACACGUCCUACCCCAAGGUAGUUAGAAUUAUAUUUCUAAUGACUAUCGGUGUUGUUAUUAUUUGCGACAAUUUGACCUUUUUAAACCAUUAAUCUUUACAUAAUCCCUUAACAAUGGAUCGUUUACAUGCAUCUUAGGUGGGUGUACUAAUGUUGUCAUGAAAUAGAAAUCACAACUAAUCCUUAAAUAAAGUAAACAAUCUGGGA